CGAGAUAAAUAGUUAUAUUUAUUUAUGAAAUUUAUAGUUAUGAUAUAGAAAGUCGAAAUUGUGAGUUAGAAAGUCAUAAUGAUAUAGAAAGUCGAAAUUAUGAUGUAGAAAGUAAUAAUUAUGAGAUAUGGACUAACUCUAAACAGGCUGGUAACACAACCCUGCCAAUUGCAGGUACGUUCGUGUCCCGCCCCCACAGGUAGCUUGGCUGAUUGACAGGUACCGAGGUCAUGAGGCCUUCACUGACCUCCUGAACUCCGUAAUUGCUCAAACCAAUCUUCUUAUCUGGAACUACGUCUUCGUGUAAACACUUAUAAUAUAACAGGUUAACAUUGCAUGUCACUCAGUCCGUUACAGUAUACAUUUAGAAACUCUUUAAAUAUGUUUGACGAAAUACACAUUAAAAAAAAAACACUUAAGGCACUCGUGAUGAUUGAAAUUGACAUUUAGGUUGUUGUUCAUUGGUAGCAAAAGCAGCACGGUCAACGCGGGUUUUAUUUUGAAAUCCCCGGACGGACGUAUUAUUUUUGUUUAAAUCUUUUAAUUAGCAAACUGCGGUCUUGAACUCGUGCAAAUGCUCCUAACGUGUGCAGCCCGACGGUUCACCUGUGUGGCCACACUUUGCUGCAUCACAUUAAGCACCUGGCACUCUGCUGGUUGAUUGGUUUCCCUUUCACCUGACAACACAAAUGCAUCGCAGUUUUACUUUAACACGGUGCAAAUAAGUUUGCGCUAAAUGUCAUGUUAUAUGGUGGAAGACGACAACUCUGAAGACGACAUCUCCAGAUCACAGGGAUAGACAUGUGCCCGACAAUAUGGACCAGCUUGCUUACAAAUACAUGGAGCUGUGUAAAGUGGAGUCCAGCACGGAUUCUGACUCAGAGAUCAGUCCAAGGUGGUCGGACACCAGCACUCUGGGAUGUGUGAGCAGUACACCAGAGAGUGGGACCUUUCGGCGAACAUUGCCAUUAACACGCACGCCUGCAGGAAGACAUGGCUGUUAUUCUUUGUUUUUGGACCCUUACGAUGGGAGCUCUGAGGAUUCUGACGAGUCGAACCUUGAUGUGGGUGUCACCAGCAGGCAAACGAGGCAGCAGGGAAAAAGUGGAGGAGGAGGAGGCUGUCGGUUCUUGGGUAGGAGGAGAAGAUUUCUCUUUCAUCACCCUGCUUCUGUUGCCCUCAGAGAAGUGGCGAAAAAUGGGACGAGAGAUCCCGUCACGGAGCCGCAGCAACAUCUUCCGGACGUCCAGAUGAAAUGUGGGAGUGACUCUGAGCUGUGUGUCCGUGACAUCGCGCCCUCCCAUAGCGACAGGGAUGGUUGUAGAGUUCUUACAGAGGAACCGGCCAAUGAUCCUACAAUGCACAGCCAAACCACGGACAUAGAAAUGCAUUGCCAAUCUAAUGAUUCAGGCUUAAACGUUACAAUCCCCUCCACAUCUCACUUACCUGGACCUGUAACCUCAGUGGAAGGGACUUUGUCCCAGAGGCUGGAUAGCUCCUCCGAGACGUCCCCUCGCCCCUGUAACCUCCGAUCGAUUUACAAGAGAAAGCUGGGUUUCCCUGAAGCAGAGGUGGGGGCGCUGGGGCAAAGAAAGAGGCAGUGUGUCGUCGACAUGCACGAUGAACCAAAAGAAAAGGACUCUGCAUCUGAGCCAUGUUUGAGUCAAACCACGGUGUAAAUCCCUGAGGGUUUAUUUGUACCUCCAGUUAUUUUGAGUGUCACAAUGUACCGAUUGCAGUUCUGAUUUUUUUUUUGUGGAAGACUUUAGUCUCCAUUAGACAACCUACAAGCUAUGCACAGGUGACGAAUAAACUGUA